CAUCAACAUCUCUCCCGCAACGCGAAUCCCAAUCAAUUUAGUAUCACUCACCACAACACAUCAGAUAAUAAAACAAAUAAAUCAAGAUGAUCGAUCACAACAUCUUCGAAGACCUGCAGGCCAAGAUUGAUGAGGAGGCUGCGGUCCGCGAUGAACUUCAUGAUAUUGUGCAGACGCUGGCUAGGAAGGGAAGAUCUACCCAGGCUAUUCUGUCGCGGGCUCAUUCUACACCCACUGAUCAGUUGAAACCCGUCCUCGAUGACGCAACCAAUGAGAUCAUCGCCCAGAGAGAUGAAGUAUCUCGGUUGAAGACCGUGGCGGACAAGCACCCGUUUUACAAGUACAAUGGGGUGUGGACGCGCGAGUUACAGAAUCUUGUCUCAUCCAUCGAGCUCUGCGCUUGGCUAGGCGGACUGGAAGAGUACAAGACGAACAGCUCCUCUUCGUUCCUGACGAUUGAAGAGGUUGGGAAGUUCCUGGGUGUCCCCGUGAAUCUCAAGGAACAGGAUGCCUUCCAUCUCACUAUUGAGGAGUAUCUGCUUGCGCUGAUCUCUAUGGUUGAGGAGUUGGCCCGUCUGGCUGUCAACUCGGUCACUCUCGGUGACUAUACCCGGCCGGUGCAAAUUGGCAAUUUCAUCAAGGAUCUGUUUGCGGGAUUCCAGUUGUUGAAUCUGAAGAAUGAUAUUCUGCGGAAGAGGAGUGAUGGGAUUAAAUACAGUGUCAAGAAGGUGGAGGAUGUGGUUUACGAUCUCUCUUUGCGCAAUUUGAUCCCCAGGGGAAGCGCUGCAGCAUGAUUUGAAACACGGAGAUUAAAUUAGCAUAUGAAUUGAUAUGAAAUAACGACACUGUCCAGAACACGG